GCGGGAGCCGAGGGGGGGCGGUGUGCGGCGGCAGAGGAUGGCCAUCUUAAGUGGCCGCUGAGAGACUAGGGCCGCUUCCCUCGGGAAGGGGGCAUCGAGCAGCCCAGGAGUUGAGGCCGGCGCUGCAGGCGGCGACGGCUGCACGGCAAACUAGGCGGGCUGCGCAGCGGAGAGCGGUGCCCGGAUCCCCCCACUGGGCCCGGUCGUCGAUCCUCAGGCCCACGGCCCGGGCCCAGCCCCAGCCCCAGCCCCAGCCCCAGCCCCAGCCCCUGCCCCUGCCCCUGCCCCUUGCGGGCCGGGGUAUGGCGCGGGGCGGUGGGCGCGGGCGGCGCUAAGCCCUGAGCCGGCCAUGGCCUCUGCUUGCGGGGCGCUGGGGCCGGGGGGAGCGCUGGGCAGCCCGGCCCCUGCGUGGUACCACCGAGACCUGAGCCGCGCUGCCGCCGAGGAACUGUUGGCCCGGGCAGGCCGCGAUGGCAGCUUCCUGGUCAGAGACAGCGAGAGUGUGGCAGGCGCCUUCGCGCUCUGCGUCCUGUAUCAGAAACAUGUGCACACCUAUCGAAUUCUACCUGAUGGGGAGGACUUCCUGGCUGUGCAGACCUCGCAGGGUGUGCCUGUGCGCCGCUUCCAGACCCUGGGCGAGCUCAUUGGCCUGUACGCCCAGCCCAACCAGGGCCUCGUGUGUGCCCUGCUGCUGCCCGUGGAGCGGGAGCGAGAGCCAGACCCACCAGAUGACCGCGAUGCCUCAGAUGGGGAGGAUGAGAAGCCCCCGCUGCCCCCACGCUCUGGCUCUACCACCAUUUGUGCCUCUGUGGGGCCCAGCAGCCCCCAACCAGCCCCUGAGACCCCCGCAACUCCAGCUGCUGAGAGUGCUCCCAAUGGGCUGAGCACUGUCUCACACGAGUACCUGAAGGGCAGCUACGGGCUGGACCUGGAGGCUGUUCGGAGCGGAGCCAGCAACCUGCCCCACCUCACCCGCACUCUCGCCACCUCAUGCCGGAGGCUGCACAGUGAGGUGGAUAAGGUCCUGUCUGGCCUGGAAAUUCUGUCCAAGGUGUUUGACCAACAGAGCUCGCCCAUGGUGACCCGCCUUUUGCAGCAGCAGAACCCACCACAGACUGGGGAACAGGAACUGGAGAGCCUGGUGCUGAAGCUCUCCGUGUUAAAGGACUUCCUGUCAGGCAUCCAGAAGAAGGCCCUGAAGGCCCUACAGGACAUAAGUUCCACAGCACCCCCGGCUCCGCUGCAGCCAUGCACACGUAAGGCCAAGACCAUCCCUGUGCAAGCUUUUGAGGUAAAGCUGGAUGUGACCUUGGGUGAUCUGACCAAGAUUGGGAAGUCGCAGAAGUUCACACUGAGCGUGGAUGUGGAGGGCGGGCGGCUAGUGUUGCUGCGGAGACAGCGAGACUCGCAGGAGGACUGGACAACCUUCACGCAUGACCGCAUUCGCCAGCUCAUUAAGUCUCAGCGUGUCCAGAACAAGCUGGGCGUUGUGUUUGAGAAGGAGAAAGACCGGACACAGCGCAAGGACUUCAUCUUCGUCAGUGCCCGGAAGCGGGAGGCCUUCUGCCAGCUGCUGCAGCUCAUGAAGAACAAGCACUCAAAGCAGGAUGAGCCUGACAUGAUCUCUGUCUUCAUAGGCACCUGGAACAUGGGAAGUGUGCCACCUCCGAAAAAUGUGACAUCUUGGUUCACAUCGAAGGGAUUGGGGAAGACCCUGGAUGAGGUCACAGUGGCCAUACCCCAUGACAUCUAUGUUUUUGGGACCCAGGAGAACUCGGUGGGUGACCGAGAAUGGCUGGACCUGCUACGCGGGGGCCUCAAGGAGCUCACAGAUCUGGACUACCGCCCGAUUGCCAUGCAGUCGCUGUGGAACAUCAAGGUGGCUGUGCUGGUUAAGCCAGAGCACGAGAACCGCAUCAGUCACGUCAGCACAUCCAGCGUGAAGACUGGGAUUGCCAACACCCUGGGAAACAAGGGGGCUGUGGGUGUCUCGUUCAUGUUCAAUGGCACUUCAUUUGGCUUUGUGAAUUGCCACCUCACCUCGGGAAAUGAGAAGACUGCCCGGCGGAACCAGAACUACCUGGACAUUCUCCGGCUGCUCUCUCUGGGCGACCGCCAGCUCAAUGCCUUUGACAUCUCUCUGCGUUUCACUCACCUCUUCUGGUUUGGGGAUCUCAACUACCGCCUGGAUAUGGAUAUCCAGGAGAUCCUGAAUUACAUCAGCAGGAAGGAGUUUGAGCCCCUGCUCCGGGUAGACCAGCUCAACUUGGAGCGGGAAAAGCACAAGGUCUUCCUUCGAUUCAGUGAGGAGGAGAUCUCCUUCCCGCCCACCUACCGCUACGAGCGGGGUUCCCGGGACACUUACGCUUGGCACAAGCAGAAACCAACUGGGGUCCGGACCAACGUGCCUUCAUGGUGUGACCGGAUUCUCUGGAAAUCCUACCCUGAGACCCACAUCAUCUGCAAUUCCUACGGUUGCACCGACGAUAUUGUCACCAGUGACCACUCCCCUGUGUUUGGGACAUUUGAAGUUGGAGUAACCUCUCAGUUCAUCUCCAAGAAAGGGCUCUCAAAGACUUCAGACCAGGCCUACAUUGAGUUUGAGAGCAUUGAGGCCAUUGUGAAAACGGCCAGCCGCACCAAGUUCUUCAUUGAGUUCUACUCCACCUGCCUGGAAGAGUACAAGAAGAGCUUCGAGAAUGAUGCCCAGAGCAGUGACAACAUCAACUUCCUCAAAGUGCAGUGGUCGUCACGCCAGCUGCCCACGCUCAAGCCAAUUCUGGCUGACAUCGAGUACUUGCAGGACCAGCACCUCCUGCUCACAGUCAAGUCCAUGGAUGGCUAUGAAUCCUAUGGGGAGUGCGUGGUGGCACUCAAGUCCAUGAUCGGCAGCACAGCCCAGCAGUUCCUGACCUUCCUGUCCCACCGCGGCGAGGAGACAGGCAACAUCCGUGGCUCCAUGAAGGUGCGGGUGCCCACUGAGCGCCUGGGCACCCGUGAGCGACUUUACGAGUGGAUCAGCAUUGAUAAGGACGAGGCAGGAGCAAAGAGCAAAGCUCCCUCUGUGUCCCGAGGCAGCCAGGAGCCCAGCAGGUCAGGGAGCCGAAAGCCAGCCCCCACAGAGGCCUCCUGCCCGCUGUCCAAGUUAUUUGAAGAAGCUGAGAAACCACCACCAACUGGGAGGCCACCAGCCCCACCUCGAGCUGCUCCCCGGGAGGAGCCCUUGACCCCCAGGUUGAAGCCAGAGGGGGCUCCAGAGCCUGAAGGGGUGGCAGCUCCCCCACCCAAGAACAGCUUCAAUAACCCUGCCUACUACGUCUUGGAAGGGGUCCCGCACCAGUUGCUGCCACCAGAGCCACCUCCACCUGCCAGGGCCCCUGUCCCAUCUGCCACCAAGAACAAGGUGGCCAUCACAGUACCUGCUCUACAGCUCGGGCGCCACCGGCCACCCCGUGUGGGAGAGGGGAGCUCGUCUGAUGAGGAGUCGGGGGGCACACUGCCCCCUCCAGACUUUCCGCCCCCGCCACUGCCGGACUCAGCCAUCUUCCUGCCACCAGGCCUGGACCCUCUGCCAGGGCCAGUGGUCCGGGGCCGAGGUGGGGGUGAGGCCCGUGGCCCACCACCUCCCAAAGCCCAUCCAAGACCUCCACUGCCCCCAGGCCCCUCACCCACCAACACUUUCUUGGGGGAGGUAACCAGCGGGGACGAUCGCUCCUGCUCGGUGCUGCAGAUGGCCAAGACGCUGAGUGAAGUGGACUACGCUCCUGCAGGGCCUGGCCGCUCGGCGCUCCUGCCAGGCCCCCUGGAGCUGCAGCCCCCCAGGGGGCUGCCCUCAGACUACGGCCGGCCUCUCAGCUUCCCACCACCCCGCAUCCGAGAGAGUAUCCAGGAGGACUUGGCAGAAGAGGCCCCGUGCCCGCAGAGCGGGCGGCCCCCCGGAAUGGGUGAGGCAGGCAUGGGCGCCUGGCUGCGGGCCAUCGGCUUGGAGCGCUAUGAGGAGGGCCUGGUGCACAAUGGCUGGGAUGACCUGGAGUUUCUCAGCGACAUCACAGAGGAGGACCUGGAGGAGGCUGGAGUGCAGGACCCGGCUCACAAGCGCCUCCUUCUGGACACCCUGCAGCUCAGCAAGUGACAGUGGUGGCACUGAGAAGCUGCGAAUUUGGCACCCCUUCCCUCCCCCAAUGAAGACACACGUGGCCCCAGAGUUGAAAAGUUAUGAGGGGUGGGGCAGUACCUCUCUGCGUAUUUAUUGGGGAUCUGAGUCCCCCGCUGCCCAGUCAUUUUGGAAUGCCCUAAUUAGGACAUCCUGACCCUUGUCCUUUACACCCCGGGCACCAGAGAUCAGAUGCCCUGGUUAUUCUGGUGCUUUCCUUUUCUGAACCCCUCUUCUCAGCCUCAGGGGUGCCCGGGGGUCCAUUUGGGUACACCUGGGUCCCCACUUUCACCACUGUUUCCUCUGUCUGGCCUGAACCACAGCCAGAGGGGCGCAGCUAGGAUUUCUCCCCAACCCUCACUCUGGGGUGUCCAUCCGGAAAUGAAGGAACAGCCCCAGGACCGGGCUGGGGUUUAUUUAAGCUUUUCUCUGUGGGUUUAGGGAGGGUGAUCACGUUAAUAUUAUUGGGGCCUGUUGGAGGUGGGGGGGGGGGGUCAAUCUCUGCCAUAAAGUGCCAGUUUGCAUAGUUCUCGCUGUCUCCUGGUCUGUGUGUAGCAGCCUCUGUCGUCUUGCAGGCAGCCAGCCCGUCCCCAUCCUGGGAACUCAGAGGGGUUGCCAGCAUGAUGUCUCCAAU